AUGGUCCUGCGCAGCCACCAGCUCACCUGUGCAGGGAUUGCAUUUGCUCUGUGCCUCCAACACCUCAUCAACGCCAUCGAAGUCCCUCUGGAUUCAAGUAUUCAGAGUGAAUUGCCUCAGCCCCCCACCAUCACCAAGCAGUCUGUGAAGGACUACAUCGUUGACCCCCGAGACAACAUCUUCAUUGAAUGUGAAGCCAAAGGGAAUCCUGUACCCACCUUUUCCUGGACACGGAACGGGAAGUUCUUCAACGUGGCAAAGGACCCCAAGGUGUCCAUGAGGAGGCGGUCGGGGACGUUGGUCAUUGAUUUCCAUGGUGGUGGGCGGCCAGACGACUACGAGGGCGAGUACCAGUGCUUCGCCAGGAAUGAUUUUGGCACUGCACUGUCCAGCAAAAUCCACCUCCAGGUGUCCAGAUCUCCCCUGUGGCCCAAGGAGAAGGUGGAUGUCAUUGAGGUUGACGAAGGUUCUCCACUCAGCCUGCAGUGCAACCCACCUCCUGGUCUGCCUCCUCCUGUCAUCUUCUGGAUGAGCAGCUCCAUGGAGCCCAUCCACCAGGACAAGCGUGUCUCCCAGGGCCAGAACGGUGACCUGUACUUCUCCAAUGUCAUGCUGCAGGAUGCCCAGACUGACUACAGCUGCAAUGCACGAUUCCACUUCACCCACACCAUCCAGCAGAAAAAUCCCUACACCCUCAAGGUGAAAACCAAGAAACCCCAUAACGAAACGUCCUUACGAAAUCACACUGACAUGUACAGUGCCCGAGGGGUUACAGAAACAACACCCAGCUUCAUGUACCCAUAUGGGACCUCCAGCAGCCAGAUGGUGCUCCGAGGGGUGGACCUGUUGUUGGAGUGCAUUGCAUCAGGAGUACCAGCACCAGAUAUCAUGUGGUACAAGAAGGGAGGUGAGCUCCCAGUGGGCAAAACCAAGCUGGAAAACUUUAACAAGGCCCUUCGUAUCUCCAACGUCUCGGAGGAAGACUCUGGGGAGUAUUUCUGCCUGGCAUCCAACAAGAUGGGCAGCAUCCGCCACACGAUCUCGGUGAGAGUGAAGGCUGCCCCGUAUUGGCUGGAUGAGCCACAAAAUCUCAUUUUGGCCCCUGGUGAGGAUGGCAGGUUGGUGUGUCGAGCCAAUGGGAACCCCAAGCCUUCAAUCCAGUGGUUGGUGAAUGGAGAGCCCAUUGAAGGUUCUCCACCCAACCCAAGCAGAGAGGUGGCUGGAGAUACCAUCGUGUUUCGAGACACGCAGAUCGGCAGCAGCGCUGUGUACCAGUGCAAUGCUUCCAACGAGCACGGCUACCUCCUUGCCAAUGCCUUUGUCAGUGUCCUGGAUGUGCCACCACGGAUACUGGCCCCUCGCAACCAGCUCAUCAAAGUCAUCCAGUACAACAGGACCCGGCUGGACUGCCCCUUCUUUGGCUCACCCAUCCCCACCCUGCGAUGGUUUAAGAACGGCCAGGGGAACACGCUGGAUGGAGGGAACUACAAAGCACAUGAGAACGGGAGCUUGGAGAUGAGCAUGGCUCGGAAGGAGGAUCAGGGCAUCUACACCUGUGUUGCCACCAACAUCCUGGGCAAAGCUGAGGCCCAGGUUCGCCUGGAAGUCAAAGACCCCACCAGGAUUGUGAGAGGCCCUGAAGAUCAGGUGGUGAAGAGGGGCUCCAUGCCUCGCCUGCACUGCCGCGUGAAGCACGACCCAACGUUGAAGCUGACGGUCACCUGGCUGAAGGACGACGCUCCUCUCUACAUUGGGAACAGGAUGAAGAAAGAAGACGAUGGUCUGACGAUAUACGGCGUGGCUGAGAAGGAUCAGGGUGAUUACACCUGCGUGGCCAGCACGGAGCUGGACAAGGACUCAGCUAAAGCCUACCUCACCGUGCUAGCAAUCCCUGCUAACCGUUUGAGAGAGUUACCUAAAGAGCGACCCGACCGGCCACGGGACCUGGAGCUGUCAGACCUGGCUGAGAGGAGCGUGAAGCUGACGUGGAUUCCUGGAGAUGACAACAACAGUCCCAUCACAGACUACAUCGUCCAGUUUGAGGAGGACCGAUUCCAGCCCGGCACGUGGCACAACCACUCCAGGUAUCCUGGGAAUGUCAACUCGGCCGUCCUGAGCCUCUCUCCUUACGUCAACUACCAAUUUCGGGUGAUUGCAGUGAACGACGUGGGCAGCAGCCUGCCCAGCACGCCUUCGGAACGAUACCAGACCAGCGGUGCACGACCUGAAAUUAACCCAACGGGAGUUCAAGGAGCAGGGACCCAAAAAAACAACAUGGAGAUAACCUGGACGCCUCUGAACGCAACGCAGGCAUAUGGGCCCAACCUGCGUUACAUCGUGCGAUGGAGGCGGAGGGACCCACGUGGGAGUUGGUACAACGAGACAGUGAAGGCGCCACGGCACGUCGUCUGGAACACACCCAUCUACGUCCCCUACGAGAUCAAAGUGCAGGCAGAGAAUGACUUUGGUAGAGCACCAGAGCCUGAGACCUACAUCGGCUAUUCAGGGGAAGAUUAUCCCAAGGCUGCACCUACGGAUGUUAGGAUAAGAGUUCUAAACAGCACUGCCAUUGCUCUGACAUGGACCCGUGUGCACCUGGACACCAUCCAGGGACAGCUUAAGGAGUACAGAGCCUAUUUCUGGAGAGACAGUAGUUUGCUGAAGAACCUGUGGGUCUCCAAAAAAAGACAGUAUGUGAGUUUUCCUGGAGACCGAAACCGGGGCAUAGUGUCCCGGCUGUUCCCUUACAGCAACUACAAGCUUGAGAUGGUUGUAACCAACGGGAGAGGCGAUGGGCCCCGCAGCGAAGUCAAGGAGUUCCCCACACCUGAAGGAGUGCCCAGCUCCCCCAGGUACUUAAGAAUCCGACAGCCAAAUCUGGAAAGCAUCAAUUUGGAGUGGGAUCACCCAGAACACCCCAAUGGAGUCCUCACAGGAUACAACCUUAGAUACCAAGCCUUUAACGGAUCCAAAACGGGCAGAACCCUGGUAGAGAACUUCUCUCCCAACCAGACAAGGUUCACCGUGCAGAGGACAGACCCCAUCUCGCGCUAUCGAUUCUUCCUGCGUGCUCGGACACAGGUGGGAGAUGGAGAAGUCAUAGUGGAAGAGUCACCAGCACUGCUGAAUGAAGCCACGCCAACCCCAGCCUCCACCUGGUUGCCUCCACCUACAACUGAGCUAACUCCAGCAGCCACCACUGCCACCACCACCGCCAUCCCUACUACUGAAACCCCUCCUACUGAAAUCCCUACUACUGCCAUCCCUACCACCACCACUACUACAACCACCACAGCUGCCAGCACCGUCGCAAGCACUACAACAACUGCAGAGAGGGCUGUGGCAGCCACCACAAAACAGGAGCUGGCCACCAAUGGAUCGUCCAUAUGGGACAUAAGAGCUUGGGCUAAUAGUAACUGGGCAAACAUCACCUGGAGCCACAAUUACUCUGCAGGAACUGACUUUGUGGUUAAGUAUAUCACCAGUAACAAGACAGAGAAAUCUAUCCCCGUUAAAGCUCAGACCCCCUCCUCUGUGCAGCUGGCCAAUCUGACGCCGGGGAUGGUGUACAAGCUGUGGGUGUUCCCCAUAUGGUCUAGCCCCAGCGAGCAUUCGUACAUAACCUUUACCACCAGCUCAGCUUACACCAAGAACCAUGUGGACAUCGCGACCCAGGGCUGGUUCAUUGGGCUGAUGUGUGCCAUCGCUCUCCUGGUCCUCAUUCUGCUGAUUGUUUGCUUCAUCAAGAGGAGCAGAGGAGGGAAAUACCCAGUGCGUGACAACAAAGAUGAGCACCUGAACCCUGAGGACAAGAACGUAGAAGAUGGCUCGUUCGAUUACAGUGAUGAAGACAACAAACCACUGCCCAACAGCCAGACAUCCCUGGAUGGCACGAUAAAGCAGCAGGAGAGCGACGACAGCUUGGUGGACUACGGAGAGGGUGGGGAAGGGCAGUUCAACGAGGACGGCUCCUUCAUCGGCCAGUACACGGUGAAAAAGGACAAGGAGGAGACAGAAGGCAACGAGAGCUCGGAAGCCACAUCCCCAGUCAAUGCUAUCUAUUCAUUAGCAUAGCGCAACGCAAUGGGACCACGAACAGCCUGUGGGGCUUGUAGUGGCUGGGGGUUAAAGAGCCGCCGCCACCACCGCCUCCAACUCAACAUACAAAUGAAAACCAACCAAUGACACACACACACAAAAAAAAAAAAAGAAAAAAAAAAGAAAAAAAAAAGGAAAAAAAUAUAGAAAAAAAAUAAUCCAAGCAAACAGGCAGACCAGGUUGCUGCCAAUGCCAUCUUAUCCUUAGCAAACAAGUAAAUGGCAAGGACUCCCGAGGCGUGGAUGAGUUGUAGAUGUAGCCAGAAUCGGAGCUGAAGUGCAGAGAUGAAGGGAUGCAGGAGUGCUGUACCCAGCUCCCCGUGUCCUUUCUCUUCUUUUGGGAGGGAGUUUAUCAUUAUUUUUUUUAAUAUAUAUAUUUAUAGGAAGGUUUCAGACAACAGGGGGAAAAAAAAGGAAUUUGGGGAGGGAAAAUGGCUGAGCAGAGAAACGAGUCAUCAAAAAUGUACAGAAGAAAAGGAGAGUGGUUUCCAUAUGGGCAACGCCGGCACGAUAUUGCACUGCAGCAAUGUCCAUCCCCAUGCAGCACCUUGCCCACAGCCUCUCCCAAACCUUCCUGAAGGUUCCAGCAGCAUCUCAAGCUGAGAAGUGUGGGUCUUCAACACUGUGGGACGAAGCCCCGAGGGCCACCAGGCCCAAAUCAAGGGAGCCCCAGGAGGAUGAGGAGCUGCUGGGAUGCACUGCAGUAUGGCUAAGAGCCACUUGCCCACUGAGCCUGGCUCACAGCAUCACUUGCCUGGGGAAGCACAGGCAAAACAUUUUAGUUUAGUCUUUGCUUUGUAAGAAGUCUGGGGGAAAUCCCCCUCCCCAGACCAUGCCUGCUUUCUUUUAAAGGCAACUCCAUAAAUCUUAUGUAGCAAAGAGGGAGUGGAAGCAGGACCAGUACGAACAAGGGAUGAGGGGACCAGAAACUGCUUAUAGAAACAAAAAGAAAGCCACCAAACACCCUGUCAGGCUGAAACAACCCCCCCCUGGGAGCGGUUAUGGGACCCCCACUGUUGCCCUGCACACUGCUCCAAUGCACAUCAGGGACAUGCAUCCCUCAGGAACAGCAGUGGGACACCGAGGUCCCCCCCCCAGCAGCAGCCGUGUGCCAGGUUGGGCGUUCUCAGCUAACCCCUAAUUUCUCACAGCGGCCUUUCCCCUCCCCACCCCCUUUUUCCCCCCCAAAUCAAUCAGCCUGAGAGACGCUCCCACAGCGCCGAACUCACCUCCGCUGUUCUUUACAUAUCAAAACCCCACGCAAUUUACUUUCAGGCUGGGAAACACGCCGUAACGAAGCGUCUCGGAUAGGAGUGCUCCUUCACAUGCCUUACACAGCUUCCAACGUCCCGGGACGUUUAACAGACUGACACUAAACCCCCACCCCGCUUCGCUCCCCAAUGCGACGGCCUCGGAGCCAGCGGAGCAGUAGGAGUAGGAUGCUGGACAUCUCCCAGAUGGGAACGCAUGGAUCCUGUAGAAGGUAGAGCCUUUAGUGGCCAACGCUGUGUGUAUUCUCCCACUUCCUGCACUUUUGAAACCAAAGGUACCUUCGCUGAGAGAGAUCGGAUUCCUUCAGACCGUUUCGCAGACGUGGAAUGAUGUUAGGAUGGAUUUUUCUUUUUUUUUUUCUCUUUCCUUUCUUUCCUAAGGAGGAGGGUUUUGUUCAGCUUAAUGGAUUAAAUGCAAUAGGAUUAACGCAAUUAUUCUUUCAGCUGGUUUGCUACGAAGACGUAUCGCUAACGAGAACACUGCUAAUAGGGAUUGCUCAGAUGUACUUUGCCACAUUCUUGAAGCUGCUAAUGGCACAAUGAUCCUGCACUUUGGAGAGGAGAGCCAGGACCGGGUCAGCAUUAACAGAGCACAUGGGAGAAAACAGGCUGCAAGCAGACAGCAGACGGGUGACGUGCCCUUAACCCCAACCCCAACCUUACAGCUGAGGGGCUCCAGGUCAGCACAGGAGCCAUCUGCCAGGGUCCUUCCCAAUGUCACCUUGCAGGGCAGGGCCAUGUUUGCUGCUGUGACACUUCUUGUAAUUGCACUCGUGCAACAGAUCCGUUCCUGCUGUUUUCACCAUUGGCCUAAGGAGAGCAUCCCCUGCCUAUCCCACAAUCGCAUUUCAGGUUUUAAGCAAACUCAUUAAGCCAAACAUAACACAGCUCUCAGUUAUGGAGGCUGGCUGCUUCCUGAGCCCACAGCUGUCUGUACGAGGUCACAUAGCUUGGAGGGAAAGCAACCUGCAGCCACUGCUAUAGAGAAGCAGCUUCUGCUGUGGGAACUGGAAGCCUUGGGUACCACACAGCAUCCCCAGCCCUCCAGGAGGCAUCGGUCCUGGCAGCAGGGCAGGCUGUGCCACCUGUCUGCUGUGUGCCAUUUGUAUUAACAUUGGUGUUUGUGUCUUGCCAUUAACCUCUCUGCAUCUUGCUGGAAGCUGGGCAGUGUUCACCCUGCAGCCUUUCCGUGCUUGUCCAGUGCAACGUGGCUUCAGUGAGCCCCAAAAAGCCUCACAGAAACAGUGACAGAGUCUGAGCAGCACCUUCCUUGUGAUCAAAUAGGAAACAAAGGCAAUGAGGACCCAAGAACGAAUGGCUCAGUGUGAUUUUUGUGGGCUUGUAGUGCUGGGUGUGAAUUUACUAAAAAAAAAAAAAAAAUUGGAAGAUACAGUUAAAAAAAAAAAAUUACUGUAUUUGUUUGCAAGUUGCCCUGAAGUUUCACCAGGGACAAGCAGAGGGCUGUGGGGAGGCUCUGUGCUAGCCCCAGGGCUGGGCCCUGCAGUGCCCAUCAAAGGGUGCCCAUCCCUGCAGGACUUCUUGGAGCAGGUCAUGCUCUGAGCACCUCUUGUACAGAAAAUGUGUCCUCACUGAGGAUAAAAAGCAAGGACAAGCAUACGCAUGGCCAGCUGGUGCUAACCAUGGAGCACAGGCAUAGGACAGGAGGGAGUGGCUGUUGCUUUGAUGCAAUACCAAGACUGCUCCUCUUUUCCCUGAAGCGAUGAUGCAGUGAGAGACAGAAGUGCUGCAGGAAGCACCGAGAGACAAAACGAGCCUUCCUAAAACCCUCCUGGUGGAAACACCAACAGCCCGUCCCCACAACACCCUUGCACAGCAUUGCCUUCUUGCAGAGGAAAGUCCCCAAGUCCCUGCAGGAUGGCCACUUCUGCCUCCAAGGACAGAUAGAGCUGGCAAGGCAGAACGCACUGCUGUGAGGCUGGAGUGAGGGCAGAGCCGUGCAGCAGCAUCCCUUGCAAGUCCCAUCCAUCCAUCCUACAACCCUUCAAUUCCUUACCUCAUCCAUUCAUCCUGUAUCCCAUCCAUCCGUCCCCCGCACCAUCCAUCCUGUACCUCAUCCAUCCAUCCCAUGCCUGCCCCAUCUGUUCUGCACUGCAUCCAUCCACCCUGCGCCCCAUUUAUCCAUCCACCCCAUCGCCCAUCCACUCGCCCUGGUGCCCAUCCAUCCUCCCAUCCUGUACACACCAUUCUGUAUCUCAUCCGCCUCAUACCUGCCCCUAUCAACCCUCCUGCCCGUCCACCCAUCCAUCACACACCCCCACACCCUGUCCAUCCUCCAUCCCCCCCAUCCAUCCGCUGCCUCUCCUCAGUGCACACCUCAGCACAGCUGUGCGCUCAACCUGCAAUCUCACACCCGGCUCAGUUGUGUACUAGCAGCAAACAAUUUCAGCUAAGCAAUAAAAAUAAACCUUGUAAACGUAAAAAAAAAAAUAAUAAUAAUAAAAACCAACCCACCCACCUCCUAUUUCUUGCACUAAGACUUGUUUUAUUGAAGAGAAUAACGUUGAGUUUCUGGUCCCAGCACAACGCCCUGCUGCACCAGCGGCUCCCCCUGCCCAGCAUCACCUGUCUCUGUGCCCUUUGCAAGCAGGCACUGGGCUUUGGUUGUCCAACAUGAUCCAAACCCUGUGUCAAACCCUCAACACCAACUUCUUCCUUUGCAGUACAGCGUUCUGUGUGUUCGUUUCUUCCUCUCUCACGGGAAGGAAAAAAUAUCGGACUGUUUUGUUUCCCUUUAAUUUGUAAAUAUCUCUCCAUCCGUCCUCUCUGUAAAACCACCUGGUUGGUCUAAAUAUUCUAUGUAUUUAUUUGCCUUUUUUUUUUUUUAAGCAAAAAAAAAAAUCAACACCUUUGCGUUAACCCACUUGUUUCAAUGAGAAAUGUAUAUCUGAAGCUGUGAAAUUAACACUUUACAGCAAGAAGAGCUACGGACUACAGAAGAAGGGUUUAAUAUAAGGACUUCUAAACUGACUGCAUGAGAGAUGAAAGAAAGCCAAAAUACUCAGAUAGCAUUUUUUUUGAAUCACUGUAAAAAAAA